UCCGGGAUUUAUCUACCCAAUUUCUCGCAGUUGAUGGCGGUCGGACACAAGUUGAAGUCGAUAUGCGGAUGAUUUGAUCCUAGGCGAUCGACUACGGCCCUGCAAAAUGGCCAAUUCAAGGCUUGAUAGACUGGUCACCUUGCUGGACAAAGGCAGCACCCAACUCAUUCGGAAUACGGCCGCUCAGCAACUCGCCGAUGUCCAGAAACAAAACCCAGACAAUCUUUUUGCCCUGUUGGGCAGAGUUCUGCCUUAUCUCCAGUCAAAAUCCUGGGAUACUCGUACAGCAGCUGCUAAAGCUAUCGGCGGAAUCGUAACAAAUGCUGAAAAGUUCGAUCCUAACGCCGACGAUGUUGAAACCAAGCCCGAGUCCCUCAAAAAUGAGGAUCAGCCAGUCAAGGUCGAGGACAAACCCGCAGAAGGAGACGAUCUUCUCCAGCUGGUCACGCUCGAUAUCAAGAUGAUCCUUCGCCAUGGCAAGAAGCUACUGGGUAGUGCCGGCAAGGAGUACGAGUUUUCAAUGGCGGGCCUAACGCCUGCACAACGAUUGGCCCAUCAGAAGCAGAGUCUCACUGCCAGGCUCGGUCUGGGUGGCGAGUAUAUGGAAGAAGAUCUUGUCAACGAGCACGACUUUGCCGCUGCUUCACAGCACAAGGCGGCUCAGACGCCUGGGGUGUCACGGAUCGACACCAAGUCUACUUCUCAACGACAGGAGAGUUUCAGCUCAGGCUCUCCGUUCACCGCAAUGUCUCCAUCGGAAAACAAUGGACAGGCUGUGAUAGGUGAUUUUGGCUUGAGCAAGCGACAGCUCAACCAGCUCAAGCGCAAGAACAAGAAUGCUGUGAAGGCUGGGGGCAAUAAGAUGCGCGUCGUUGACCUUUCCGGUCGACAUCCGUCCGAGCCUGGCCAGACUCCUAUUUCCGCAACCCCUCAUCCGGUCAAACUCAAUGGACACGAAGAAUCCAACGGUGACUCGAAAUCGGACUAUUUCUCCAUCAAACGAGAAGGCCCUGACGACGGCACAGCACUGGUCUCCGAAUUCAAGGGCGAUGCCGUUAUUGAAAAGCCGCUGAUUCAGCCCGAUGAAGAACAUUCCCAAGACUGGCCAUUUGACGUCAUGUGCGAUCUUCUAUCUAUCGACCUCUUCGACCCUAAUUGGGAGAUUCGUCAUGGGGCAGCAAUGGGUUUGAGAGAGGUAUUACGAGCCCAUGGCCGUGGUGCAGCGCGACGUUUUGGGAAAUCCAGAGCUGAGAAUGAUCUUGCAAAUCGUCGCUGGCUUGACGACAUCGCAUGCCGUCUGCUCUGUGUCUUGAUGCUUGAUCGUUUUGGCGACUAUGUUUCCGACACAGUCGUUGCACCCAUACGCGAGUCGAUUGGUCAGACAUUAGGUGCUUUAUUGACGCAGCUGCCAGACGAUAUCGCUAUCUCUGUGUAUGGAUUCUUACAAGAAAUGAUCAACCAAAGGGACACGGGACUCAAACAGCCGAUCUGGGAGGUCUGCCAUGGUGGCAUGAUCGGUAUGCGGUAUUUCGUGGCCGUGCGCAAGGAUCUUCUUCUUCAACAUCCCGACCUGAUUGAUGGGGUCGUCUCAGCUGUGAUUCGGGGUCUCGCUCAUACAGAUGACGACGUUAAGUCAGUGAGCGCUGCAACUCUGGUUCCUAUAGCCGGUGAACUCACAACAAUGCGAGCGGGAUCUCUUGGGCAACUCAUCAGCGUGGUGUGGGAUUGUCUCCUCGACAUGCAAGAUGAUCUCAGUGCAAGCACGGGAGCUGUUAUGGACCUUCUUGCCACUUUAUGCUCAUACGACCAAGUCCUAGAAGCGAUGCGCACGAAUGCGGCCGAAGAUCCUGAGCAGUCUUUCGAGCUGCUUGUGCCACGCCUCUAUCCCUUCUUCAGGCACACCAUCACUACCGUCAGGAUGGCUGUUCUCAAGGCGUUGGCGACCUUCCUGCGGCUGGCGAAUGCCAGCACUAUGGGUUGGGUUGGAGGUCGUGUCACUCGGCUGCUCUUUCAGAACAUGCUCCUGGAACGAAAUGAGGGCGUCCUCUGGAUGUCCCUCGAAGUGUGGCAGGCGCUCAUUGCCUUCAUGGAGCGACAGGGCAUGGCCACUUUUGCAUCUAGCUUGGAAUCGCAUAUUAUGCCAAUGGUCAUGGCGGCAAUUCAGCCUAUUGGGCAGGUCCGCAGCCCGAUACCUAUGGACGCGUCUCUGCUCAUAAAGCCCUCAGGUGCUCCAAUGGCCGCUGUUGCCACGAAACACAGAAACACGCCUGAUUCCGAUCAGCAACCAAAGAAGAAACGGAAAUUGGACAAGCCAGAAACCAAUCAGCAGCUUUCCCACAACACGGAUGGCCACAUCUUACAUGGCGAAGUGGACUUGGUAGGUGUCGAGGUCAUGCUGCGGACAAGAAUAGCCUGUUCGCUGGCACUGGGUUCGCUCCUAGGCAAGCAUGACGUGGCUGCCGUUGUGUCCUACUGGACAAGCCUCGUGCCGAUCACCAGCUGCAGCAAUUCGUCUUCGAGAAUAUUCGCGGCAAUGGUCUUGGAGGAGAUCGCCAAGAACCAGUCUACCAAACUUCCAAAUACACCGGUAUUCGUGGGGCAAUUGCAAAAGGUACUCGAUGACGACAGCACGUGGUACUCAGACGUUGUAUCAUCCUUGCAAGCUGCCAGAGGCCAAUGUCAGUCACUCGUCAGCGCCUUUCAAAACAACGCCCAUGUGUCUCGCGACAAACUGCCGGCCAUAGCAGUAGUCUGCCAAGGAGAGAGUGGUGCCGGUCCGAAGGCCUUUUCCCUCGCAGAUGCUGAAAGAAUAGUGACAGUGGAUUUCGAUCGACUUCUCAAGGGCCUCACACCAUCACAGCGUGUAUCAGGAACACAAUACCUCAACGACGCUCGUGCUAAUGCCAAGACUGCCGUAGACGAAGCUCGGAAGAUCAAGGAAAGCCGUGACAUGGCUAUCAAAGCCGGGGUCGCUUCCAUCUUCGUAAGGUUGGGCGAGAUCCCAAAGAAGCCUGGUCAAUUGAUCAAGUGUCUCAUGGACAGUGUUAAGAGUGAGGAAUAUGAGGAGUUGCAGGCUCGCUCUGGGUCAGCGGUUGCAGCCUUGAUCGAUUAUUACGCGAACAGCCCGAAACGAGGACCCCUGGACAAACUUGUCUCCAAUCUGGUCAAGUUCACCUGCGUGGACACGUCAGAGACGCCUGAAUUUCCGCCUAACGCCACCUUUGAAGAUCUCGUCCUCUCCUUGCGAAAAGAGGAAGACAGAAAAGAUCAUCCCGACGCUGCGCGAUUCGAGCAAGAAGCCAAAGAAGCUAGUAUCAUGCGACGUGGAGCGAAAAGCGCCUUGAACGACCUGGCGAUAUCAUAUGGUGCCGCCCUUCUCGAUAAAUUGCCGGUGCUCAGAUCUCUCAUCGAGGAUCCUGUCCGUCAGUCAAUCCAGCCUGCGGAUCCAGCCACUUUGCAAGUCGACGACGAACAAGGUCAAAGAUUGGUUGAUGCUUUCUCCAUUCUACGGACGUUGCUGCCGACUUUGCAUGCAGAUUUGUAUCCCUGGGUAUUAUCGCUAAGCCCCCUAAUCGGUAAAGCUAUGCGGAGCAGACUUUCCGUCAUCAGGUACAGUGCUGCCAAAUGCUUCGCGACGCUAUGUAGCGUCAUUUCGGUUGAGGGCAUGACGGCAUUGGUGGAAGAAAUCUUGCCAAACAUCAGCAAUCCCUUGGACUUGAGAGACAGACAAGGAAUCACUGAGUGUGUUUAUCAUCUCAUUCACGCCAUGGGCGACAGGAUUCUGCCAUAUGUGAUCUUCCUGAUUGUACCAGUCUUGGGACGAAUGAGUGACGCCAACAACGAUAUCCGACUCCUCGCCACCACGUCUUUCGCAACACUUGUCAAGCUGGUGCCGCUAGAAGCUGGUAUACCCGAUCCUCCUGGAAUGCCAGAAUCGCUACUCCAAGGGCGUGAAAGAGAGCGCAAAUUUAUGGCACAAAUGCUUGAUCCGAAGAAAGUGGAACCCUUCAAGAUUCCAGUUGGCAUCAAAGCAGAACUGCGCUCUUAUCAGCAAGAUGGCGUCAACUGGCUUGCUUUCCUCAACAAAUACAACCUCCAUGGUAUUCUCUGUGACGACAUGGGCUUGGGAAAGACUCUUCAGACUCUGUGUAUGGUGGCAAGCGAUCAUCACAUACGAGCGGAAGAAUUUGCGAAGACGCAAGCACCUGACAUGAAGCGCCUGCCUUCUCUGAUCGUAUGUCCACCCACACUAUCAGGUCACUGGCAGCAGGAAAUCAAGCAAUAUGCACCUUUUUUGAGCUGCGUUGCUUAUGUUGGGUCGCCUUCGGAGAGAGGUAGUCGCCGACAACAACUUGAGAGCGCAGAUGUCGUGAUAACGUCGUACGACGUCUGUCGAAACGAUAACGACGUUCUGACGCCAAUCACCUGGAACUACUGCGUGUUGGACGAGGGGCAUCUGAUCAAGAAUCCGAAAGCGAAGAUUACGCAGGCUGUCAAGAAGAUCGUCAGUAACCAUCGUUUGAUUCUUUCCGGUACCCCCAUCCAGAACAAUGUCCUUGAACUAUGGUCGCUGUUCGAUUUCCUCAUGCCUGGAUUUCUCGGCACGGAAAAGGUGUUUCAGGAUCGGUUUGCCAAACCCAUCGCUGCUAGUCGCAACGCGAAAUCCUCAUCUAAGGAGCAAGAGGCUGGUGCGCUCGCGAUUGAGGGCCUCCACAAGCAAGUCCUCCCGUUCUUGCUCCGACGACUGAAGGAAGAAGUGUUGAACGAUCUGCCACCCAAGAUCCUGCAGAAUUACUAUUGCGACCUCAGCGACCUGCAGAGACGACUGUUUGACGACUUUUUCAAGAAAGAGCGACAGACGGUGGAGAAUAGUGUCGGCUCCGGUGACAAGGAAGCCAAACAGCAUAUUUUCCAAGCUCUGCAGUAUAUGCGAAAAUUGUGCAACUCUCCGGCUCUUGUGGUCAAAGAAGGCAACAAGCAGUAUGAAGCGAUCCAGAAACAACUCGCCGCAUCCAAGUCCAGCUUGCGGGACGUUGCUCACGCUCCAAAAUUGUCCGCCCUGAAAGAUUUGCUGGUCGACUGCGGUAUUGGUGUAACCAACGAAUCCAACGACAUGUCAGCGUCGAAUUUUGUGUCACAGCACCGGGCCUUGAUCUUUUGCCAGAUGAAAGAGAUGCUUGAUAUGGUCCAGAAUGAAGUGCUUGGAAAACUUCUCCCGAGUGUUCAGUUCCUCCGGCUUGACGGCAGUGUGGAAGCUACGAAACGUCAAAAUAUCGUCAAUCAGUUCAAUAACGAUCCAAGUUACGAUUGCCUGCUGUUGACGACGAGUGUUGGCGGUCUGGGACUGAAUUUGACAGGAGCAGACACGGUCAUCUUUGUGGAACAUGAUUGGAAUCCGCAAAAAGACAUCCAGGCCAUGGAUCGAGCGCAUCGUAUCGGACAAAAGAAGGUUGUCAACGUAUAUCGGCUGAUUACUCGCGGCACACUAGAGGAAAAGAUUCUGAACUUGCAACGAUUCAAGAUUGACGUUGCUUCGACAGUCGUCAACCAGCAGAAUGCAGGACUGGGAAGUAUGGAAACAGAUCAAAUCUUGGAUCUGUUCAACCUUGGUGAGACCUCAGACACUGGUGCAGAAAAUGCUGGGCGCGGCAAAGAUGAAGAUAUGGUCGACAUGGCCACUGGUGAAGUGAAGAAGAAAGGUGAGAAAGGCUGGCUCGACGACGUGGGUGAACUCUGGGAUGAGAGGCAGUACGAGGAAGAGUUCAACCUGGACUCUUUUGUCCAGAACCUGCAAAAAUAGAAGCGGAAGGGUUCUCAAUGAGCACUGUAUCAAUAACAUUGGUCUAGAAGGGCCGGAAGACGAUUGGCAUCAAUCCCAAGGGAUUAUGG